AAAUUUUUUUCACUUGGCUUCAAAAAUCCUUCUUCAAAAUUGUGGAUGUGUUGAAUAUGGAGACGUCGCGUUGGAUUUGGAAUAUUUGUUCUGUGGGUGUGGGCGCACGGUGGCGCUUGCUUCAGCUGUCACUCAGUGGGACUUCUUUCCGAGACAACCGCCUGCAUAGGAUCGGGCGACCCCCGGAGGGCCGGCUCUUGAUUUCCAUCAUCUGCCACGCUAGCAACCGUUUUGCUAGUGGCACUUGUGAUUCGUGCUGCAGUGCAAAGCAUUUUGCCUUGUUACUGCUCGUGUGUGGGGGACACUAAAAAGAUUAUGAAACACGUGUUAAAGAGAAGAAAUGAUGAUCACGGAUCCAACCACAAAGCGUUUGCAAUAUUAACAUAUGUGGAAAGCAAUUAGCGAUUCUCCUUCUUCGGUCCAGGGAGAGAGUUACCUCAAACCUGGAGAUAGCGAGGAGGGCAGCGAAGUCCUAACAGCAUAGGAAGGAAGCUGCCUUAUAGGCGAACGCUCCACCCCAAUUAGCGGCAGCUCUCUCGCCCAGCCUGCUACCUGAACCUGACGCGAUCCACUUUAUAGCGGAGGUGCGAGAGCGUUGUGCCUGCUAUCUCUGGCAUGCGCAGCACGAAAGUCAGCAGCAGCGCGGCUACUACCAGUUGCAAGGGCUGCGCUGUGCGGGGUGGCGUCGCCGGCAGCAGGGGUGGAAGCGCGAUCCCCCACAAACCCUAGAGGGGGCGCCCUGAGACGCCUGGCCAACCGCAACCCCGCCAAAGUGCGUGUCGUGUUCUGCUGGAGCGUUUGGAGGGCGAGCCGAAGUCCGUCGCUAGCAGAGAGAACCAGAAGCACGUUCCUUUGUCGGGCGAGUAGCGCGCUGUGCGAAGGGCAGCGACGAGCGGAGGAGCGAGUGAGCACGAGGAGGAGGAACCUCGGCGACGGAGCGCCUGCUUCUCCUUCCCGGCAGGUGAAAGGGGAGGCGCCGCUUUCUGCCUGCAGCAGGCAACGGCAUGGGAUUCCCCCGGCGGCGCGCGGGAGCAGCCGCGCUCUCCCUCGCCCGCUCAUCUGUUGCGCCGCCGAGGCGAAGCCGGCGCUGUAUCCCCGCGCGGGAGUUUGCGUGCCUGUGCUAAGGCGGGCAGAAGGAGGGAGAAAGAGCGAAGGAGACCUCACCUGCUCCGGCGGGUUGCUUGGGCUGGACUGCUGAAGCCGCUGAAAAGGGUCUGGCAGAGCCGCUGCGCGGACUGGCGGAGGCACCGCGGGAGCUCCACUGACUUCUCGGAGCGGAUUUGCCAAGGGGGGGCAAUGCAGCUGCGUCGCGGAGCCUGGCUCUUGUCCUCACGCCCAAGAGAUACGAAUAGGGUGGUGUAAACUAUGGCCCAGUUCUAUUACAAGAGAAGUGUCAGUGCCCCGUACCGAGAUCGCAUCCCUCUCCGCAUUGUACGAGCUGAGUCUGAACUCUCACCUGCUGAGAAAGCCUAUUUGAAUGCUGUAGAAAAAGGAGAUUAUGCCAGCGUGAAGCAAGCCCUAGAAGAAGCGGAAAUUUAUUUCAAGAUCAAUAUUAACUGCAUCGACCCCCUUGGAAGAACGGCUCUCCUGAUUGCAAUCGAGAAUGAGAAUCUGGAGCUCAUAGAGCUGCUCUUAAGCUUUAACGUGUAUCUCGGGGAUGCUCUGCUGCAUGCCAUCAGGAAAGAGGUCGUUGGGGCAGUUGAGCUGCUUUUAAACCACAAGAAGCCCAGCGGGGAGAAACAGGUGCCACCCAUACUUCUGGAUAAACAGUUCUCCGAAUUUACACCAGACAUUACACCCAUUAUCCUGGCUGCCCAUACAAACAAUUAUGAAAUCAUAAAACUUUUAGUACAGAAAGGUGUUUCUGUUCCCAGACCACAUGAAGUCCGCUGCAACUGUGUGGAGUGUGUAUCUAGUUCGGAUGUGGACAGCCUUCGCCAUUCCCGAUCAAGGCUUAAUAUCUACAGAGCUCUUGCAAGUCCAUCUUUGAUUGCCCUAUCAAGUGAGGACCCUUUUCUUACAGCUUUUCAACUAAGUUGGGAACUUCAGGAACUGAGCAAAGUGGAAAAUGAGUUUAAAUCAGAAUAUGAGGAGCUGUCACAGCAAUGCAAGCAGUUUGCAAAAGAUCUCUUGGAUCAGACACGGAGUUCCAGAGAACUGGAAAUUAUUCUUAACUACAGAGAUGACAACAGCCUAAUAGAAGAGCAGAGUGGUAAUGAUCUGGCAAGACUGAAACUGGCAAUUAAGUACCGUCAGAAAGAGUUUGUUGCCCAACCAAACUGCCAGCAACUCCUUGCAUCUCGUUGGUAUGAUGAGUUCCCAGGCUGGAGGCGGCGACACUGGGCUGUGAAGAUGUUGACUUGCGUCAUCAUUGGAUUCCUUUUCCCUGUCUUCUCUAUCUGCUAUCUGAUAGCUCCCAAGAGCCCAUUAGGGCUGUUCAUCAGGAAGCCAUUCAUCAAAUUUAUCUGCCAUACUGCAUCCUACUUGACUUUCUUGUUUCUUCUGCUGCUCGCCUCUCAACACAUUGACAGGUCUGAUCUGAACAUGCAGGGACCUCCACCAACCAUCGUCGAGUGGAUGAUAUUACCGUGGGUCCUGGGAUUUAUCUGGGGAGAAAUUAAACAAAUGUGGGAUGGCGGACUGCAGGAUUAUAUUCAUGACUGGUGGAACUUGAUGGAUUUCGUAAUGAAUUCAUUGUAUCUGGCAACAAUUUCUUUGAAAAUUGUUGCAUUUUCAAAGUACAGUGGGUUGCUCCCAAGACCAAGCUGGGAUAUGUGGCACCCAACACUGGUGGCUGAGGCCCUGUUUGCUAUUGCAAACAUCUUUAGUUCUCUGCGCUUGAUCUCAUUAUUCACUGCAAAUUCUCACCUGGGACCACUGCAGAUCUCUCUUGGAAGAAUGUUACUGGACAUAUUGAAGUUUCUGUUCAUCUACUGUCUUGUGCUGCUAGCUUUUGCAAAUGGACUGAACCAGCUAUAUUUCUACUAUGAAACAAAUGAACCUGACAGAUGCAAAGGCAUACGGUGUGAAAAACAAAACAAUGCAUUUUCAACUUUAUUUGAAACCCUCCAGUCACUGUUUUGGUCUGUAUUUGGACUCAUCAACCUGUAUGUGACCAACGUUCAAGCACGACAUGAAUUUACUGAGUUUGUUGGGGCCACCAUGUUUGGUACCUACAACGUAAUAUCUCUGGUCGUCCUGCUCAAUAUGUUGAUAGCCAUGAUGAACAACUCGUACCAGCUUAUUGCUGAUCAUGCAGACAUUGAAUGGAAAUUUGCUAGAACAAAACUUUGGAUGAGUUACUUUGAAGAAGGAGGGACUCUGCCUACUCCCUUCAAUGUGAUACCAAGUCCAAAGUCUCUUUGGUACCUAAUCAGAUGGCUGGGAAGGCAACUAUGCAGGAAAAAAAUAAGAAAGAAACCUGAAAGUUUUGGAACAAUAGGGAGACGUGCCGCUGAUAAUUUGAGAAGACAUCAUCAGUAUCAGGAGGUCAUGAGAAAUCUGGUUAAGAGAUAUGUGGCAGCAAUGAUAAGAGAUGCCAAAACUGAAGAGGGGCUGACUGAAGAGAAUUUUAAGGAAUUAAAGCAAGAUAUUUCCAGUUUUCGUUUUGAAGUCCUGGGUUUGUUGAAAGGAAACAACAAACUGACUAAUUUGCAGUCCUCAAAAAUCAGCAAAGAAGCUGCUUCUUUGCCAGACUCUGAUGAAGGAGGUGAAAGUGGAGGAAAUGAGAAAGUUCAGAAGAAACCUCUUAGCCUUUUCGAUGUAACUACUAUGAUCCGCCCAAAAGCAGUUGCGAGGGCUUCUGAAGCACACAGCCUGAGCAAUGGUUUAGCAAUGAUGAUGCCAGAAUAUUCCAAGGAAAAGCAAAAGAAAGUAAACUUUGUGACUGAUGUAAAGAAGUUUGGGUUCUUUCACAGACAAUCAAAAAACAUCUCUACUGAGCAAAAUAUAAAUAAAAUUUACUCAAUUUCUGAAGAAGUGUCCCGUCAACAAGCAGAAGAACAUCAUGAAAAAGUCACUGAACUGGAAGAAAAAACAUUGGUUGUGGGCUGCGAAUUGAACAUUCAGGAUCUCAGUGAAAAAUGCACAGCAGCUGCUAAGAAGCAAACUAAAAAUGAACGUUUGGAUUCUAAGUUGGAUGAAACAGCUUUUCCUGAAAUGGUGAAGACUAAAGUGCAGAACACUGAUCCACCCACACCAAAGGAUUUGCUGGACAGUGAGCAAGACUUCAGUAGUGACUCUACUGUGAAACAAGAGACAAUUGUUCAGGACAACUACAUAACAACAAGGUUGUGAUGAGUAUGGGCAGAAGUCUAUACACACACUCAUAUAUAUAUACAGGGAGAGAGAGAGAGAGAACACAGAUUGCUUCAUUGCAGGGAUGUUUAAGCUAAUCAAAAAUGCAAGAGUAUAGCAUUCAAAAAUUGUGGGAAAAGAAUUUGUACUAUAAAGGAUAUAGAAGAGCCUUUCGUUUUGUAGCCUGCUUUAGCGUUCACAAUUUCUUUUACAUUUUUUAAUUAAAUGGGAGCAUCUUGUAUUCUUGUACUGUUGCAAUAACCCACUGAAACUUUUUAGCUAUCUUUUUCAAGUUGAAAUAAAUGCAAUUUCUCUCCUGUGAUAGUUAAUGCCUAUGGUAAAUAUUUUUCUAUGCAAAUAAAAGUAGCUUAAUAAAGGUGUGGGCCUUAAUGAGCCUUUUUUUUUUAAAGGAUUGCUAAGAAUGAGAGUGAUCAUAGUAAUCAUAAACAUUUUCUGUCAAAUGAUUUAACCAAUCAGAAAUUUCAUUUACACUAAUUAGAAAUAAAGUUUGAAACAAA